AUGGCCACGUUCCAGUCCGCCGGUGCAUGGGUUUCUCGUAAGAAUCCUCAUCCAAGUCUCGUCACUAGUCGCACUCCCGUCCCGACCAUGCAACGUUCACGCAGUACAGACCAAGAGAAGGCCGCACACGUGGUCAAAAGUAGCACAGACUCGACAGACAGUCGCGCUGCUGCCCGACGACUACGUCGUCAGUACCCGCAACAGCCAAUUGCUCAGUUAGAACACCAUUAUCACCUUCAGUAUCAGCGAUCAGUCAAGCCACAACAGCAGAAAGUGCACCGUAAUACGCACGGGUCGUUUACUGGACCGCCACAACUCGUGACGUCCUCAACUUCUAGUUCUUCUUUCAUGCAUUCAUCGACAUUGAAAUUGUCGUCCAAGAUGGAGCUCCGGAAAGAUGAAUCCGAUAGUUUGAAGACGACGUUGAGUCGCAGGCAUGUGGUACUGGGUAUUCCUGUAUUACGAAGCAGUCGGACGACAAACUCGAGUGUCGACGGGUUCUCACUUCCUUCCAAUGGUCUUGAUGCUCCUUAUGAAAGCAAUGGGACUGGAGAUGCUCCAAGUACACCAUAUGAACAAUGGAGACGACUACGAAGAGCUCGAACUGGUAGUGGAAACAGUUGUGCGAGCACUAGCAGUACCAGCAGCUUUGCAUCGUACGUGAUAAAUCCUAAUACACGACGACACAAUUUUGGACUAGGCAGUGAUGACGAGGCUGAGGAUGAAGAGGAAGAUUUGGACAGUCUUAUGGAUGUGGAAGAGGAGGAGAAAGACACACAAGAAAGAUUGCCAUCAGUGCUACAACAUAUUAUCGCGCCAUCGCUGCCUCCGCCACCGUAUCCGGUGGAUCCUUACCAUUUCUACUGCAAAUCCAAGCGCAUCAACACUGGCGCUGGUACUGCCGCUGCUGACGUAACGUCAACGCUUGCGGCGUUAUUUACCGAGUGUGGCAUAGAAGCUAUUUUUCAUCCGCUCAAGUGCAAGUUCAAGUGCCUCAAGUACGUGCACUAUAGUCAUGUCGAGUUUGUUGUGCGAGUUUACGCACAUCAGCGCGCGCUUCUUGUAGAGUUCCAGCGCCGCAGCGGAAGUGUGUUGCUAUGGGAUGGAUUGUAUUGCAUUCUUUUCCAGAAACUUAACGCCAUUAUCGAUGCUACAGCGUUGCCCUGUCCUCAGAGUAGCGGUCAAAAACGCGUUGCGGGGGACGUUGCUACCUCAACUGUAGGGAAUCGCGCUCUCGGGUCAGUCCAACGUGACCAUGUGUCCUCCUUGACACCAUCACACUCUUGCGACCAUGACGGUCUUGGGACACAGAUUUGGCGAACGUUGUCACUUAAGAAACCAACGCCCAGCUCAGGUGUUGAAGCGAUGAAGAUUAUGCUGACAUCUCGGUACCUGGAUGCAAUGCGUGAAGGAUGUGCUGGGCUCGCGGAGCUUACGGAGGACGUGCAUAAUUCGUGUCUGGUUGCCCGCGCCGAUCUCGUGGAGCCACUAAUUCAAGCGGCCAAAGCUACAGACCUUAGCAUGUCGCGCUGUGCUGUCGGCACUCUAGCGAAUAUUGCUCGUGCCGUUCCUCGGUUCCCAGAGAGCGAACUGGCACUGGCACGGCGAAUAGCGCAGCAGCUUCGGAUUGAAGCCACGCCAGUGGUGCUUGCGCAACUUGAGCACGCUAAUGAGAGAUCGCUUUUUUCCAUUGAACUGCUUCGGGAAUGCGCCCGAGCACUUGGCGCUUUUGCCGGAUUAGUGCCAGAGGUGGAUCAGAAAUGUCUAGCUGCCUCCAGUAUAAAUGAUCAACGGUGCAAGCGCGUUCUUCGUUUGUACGCGCAACAUCGUGACAUCCAGCUAGCCUCCUAUUGUCGUGCUGCUCUGGAGGAGUUGUAG